ACACAACUUUCCGCUCGCCAAAUCACGCUCCCCAUCGCAUACCACCGCAAUGGCCGACAAACUCCGCGCGCAACAGCAGCUCGAAGCGCAACAGGCGCGCUUCAUCGGUAUCGGCUCCGCAGACACGACCAAGUUCGAAUGGAUGAGCAACAUGCAGCGCGAUAGCAUGAGUUCGUAUAUUGGACACCCGCCGCUGCUGCAGUAUAUGAGCAUUGGGCUGGGACAGCCGAGGGAGGUUACGAGGGUGCAGAUGUUGGAGAGGAUGGUUAGGCCGGUGGGACCGCCGCCUGAGCAACAGGACUGAUGAGGCUUGGAGGACGGUGGAUGGAGGAUAUGAAUCGAUGACGAGCAAGACACACCACGCGCGACAAUCCAGGGCACAUGCGACACCGAGAAGCGCUUCAGAGGGUCGAGACUGUGCGACGAAGGAGUGGGUUGCAAGUGAUCAGGCGCAGAAGUCGCAGUCUGAUGUUGGAAUCAGUGACAUGCAGUGUAUAUUACGUACACGAGGAGUCUUUCUAAGAAAUAUACCCAGGACUUCAGGCAGCACGCGCCGAACAGUGGCAUGCUGAAAGCCU